AUGCUCUACUGCAGCGACAAGGAGACGGGGCUUCGUGUGACGUGGAAGCACCAAAUGCGUGUGGUGCGCAUUAUUGCGAAGGCCAGUGUUGUGGACGUCAACUACGAGGCGCCCAACUUUGACAGGCGUGACCUCUUCUGCUUCAAGGUGGAGGGGAGCUUCCGCCACCCCGACUUCUCUGUGCUCUCGCUGGUGGAGCAGCCUGUGGAUAGGCGCGCCGUGUUUUGCUCUCUUCCACCGAGUUCCACGCCUACUGAGGAGGAGGACGCGGGUGACGGGGAAAUGCUCGCGUGGUACAUUCGCACGGACAACGAGACCGAUUUCAUGAAAAUCUACACCACGAUUCGUGACGUGCUGAUUCGUGACGGGAUGCGGCCCCCGCAGUUCUGGGGCCUGCCGAAGAUGGACCCGCGCAUUGACGCUCCGCUUGCAGAGCCGCCGCUGUACUUGUGGUUCCGCCUCCGUGCCGUGAAGCACACCGUGUUUUACGCCUGCGUGCAUGGCCACCUGGUGAUGAAGGGGGCGGACCUGUCGGCCCCGUUGAGCUCCGUGACGCUCUGCGAGGAGUCGCUCUACCUGACGCUCUUCGACAACUCCGUGAUGGUCAUCCGCGAUGACAGGCACGUCGUGGCCGGCAUUCCCACCGUCGACAUCAAGUCUCUGCACUACUCCACGAUGGAGGUGGACGCCUCCGUGAAUGACCCGAAGAAUGAGGAGUGCCGCUGCUUCCUCUCGUUCCUCUCAGGCGAUGAGAAGUACCCCGACAUUUUGUUUGUGCCGACGCUCGAGCUCUUUGCCGAUGCGAACGCGGAGAACGUCCCCGCCGCGCAGGUGAACCGCGUGCAGACGGCCCUCACCAAGCUGGCAUCUGUGACGCAGCAGACUCGCGAGGCGGCUGACAAGCCGGACGUCCCGCCGACGGAGGUGAGGCAGGCCUCGGAGGUGACGGCCGGCCACGAGGAAGAGGUGGAGUCGGCCAAGCAUGGACUGCUGGACGUCUACGCAAGAGCCCAAAACGCGCGGUCGCCGCUCCGGCUGCCGGACCCGUGUAUGCUGCAGGGCGGCAACGUUACGGGCAAGCAUCUUCUUGGCUCUCUGCCGGCGCCCCACCACCUCCGGAAACUCGCGUCGCAGGUCGGUGUCACGACGAAGAAGGCCCUCACCGACUACCCGCUGCGCUACGAGUACUUCUCCUCUGGUGCCACUGUGGCGGACCCGACGCUCCGGAAGGGUGACCACAACCCUUUGGAAGAGCACUUCUUCCUCAUCCGCACGUACUGA